GUCGAGACAAAAAAAUGUCUCUUUGUUCUUUUUCCUGCUGCAUUCCUUGAUAGCUUUCGAACCGCUUUAUCAGUGGAUCGUGUAAUCCCAUGGAUAAUAAGCACCAAUCUAAUAUACCGUCCAUCUCAGACCGUGAGACGAUUCGCACCGAGUUCCAAGCGUAUAAACCGGCGGAACCUCCGAGUCUAUGGACGCUCGUAAAAGAGCAAGCAACCACACGGGAGGGAUGGUGGGGUGAUUUCGACUGGAAGGCUAUGUGUGUUCCCUCCAUCUUCGUCAAAGAGAAGAAGCGUACGCCGUUUUGGGGUUUGAACAGUCGGUUACCGCUUGGGUUGGCUAUCGUGAUGGGUUUCCAACACUCUCUCGCUAUGGUCAGUGGUGUGGUAACACCAAUCUUAAUCAUGACGGGUUCGGGUCCUACCGCACUAAAUCUAACCCAAGCCGAUCAACAAUACCUCUUAUCAGCCGCUCUCAUUACGUCCGCCCUGUUGUCCUUGAUUCAAAUUACACGAUUCAAAAUCUGGAGAACAAAUUACUACCUCGGCACUGGAUUGUUGAGUGUUGUCGGUCCUAAUUUCGCUUGUAUUCCGGCCACCGCGGCAGUGAUCAAGGAAAUGUAUUCAAGCGGCUAUUGUCCUACGCAAACGUUGGAGGACGGCAGUUUACAACACCUACCUUGUCCACAUGCCUGGGGCGCUGUUCUCGGUACUUCCAUGGUUUGUUCGUUCUUUGAAAUUGGCAUGAGCUUCUUACCUCCAAAGACGAUCAAGCGUUUAUUUCCUCCUAUUGUAUCCGGUACGACUAUUCUACUGAUCGGUUGCUCAGUCAUUAGCACAGCUUUGCAGGAUUGGGCUGGUGGAUCCGGUGGUUGCCUUUCUCGUCCCGCUACUGGUUUUUUCUCGAAAUGUCCCAAUAUCGAUGCGCCACAUGCACUACCCUGGGGUAGUCCGGAAUUCUUGGGUUUAGGCUUCCUUGUGUUUGCCACUAUCCUUCUUAUUGAAAAUUUCGGUUCCCCGUUCAUGAAGAGUUCCCAAAUCGUGAUUGGCUUAAUUGUUGGAACCAUCGUCGCCGCUGCUACAGGUUAUGUCGAUUCUUCGACGGUGGAAACGGCCCCCGCUGUUACAUUUGUCUGGGUCAAAACGUUCCCGAUCACGGUCUAUGGACCGGCUAUUAUUCCCUUUCUUAUUGUUUUUCUGGAUAAUAUGCUGGAAAGCAUUGGCGACAUUACCGCGUCCUGUGAUGUUUCAGGUGUGGAAGUGGAUGGCCCGCCCUUCCAACGACGUAUUCAAGGUGGUCUUUUGGCAGACGGUGUCAGCUCUUUCAUUGCCGCUUGCAUGACGAUCAGUCCCUUGGUGACAUUUGCGCAAAACAACGGUGUGAUUGCUCUAACACGCUGUGCGAAUCGAAUUGCCGGCUACUGUUGUUGUAUAUUUAUUUUACUCUAUGGCAUCUUUGGCAAGAUUUCUGCAGUCUUUCUUGCCAUUCCGUCACCGGUAUUGGGUGGCAUGAACGCAUUCUUGUUCGCUUCCGUGACUGUGUCUGGAAUUCGUAUCCUGGCGUACUUGCCGUGGACGCGACGUGAUCGUUUCAUUGUCACAGCGUCGCUGGCUCUCGGCAUGGGCACCAUUCUUGUUCCCAAUUGGUUUACGCAUGUGUUCAAAUAUGAAGGUGAUAACGAGUCGCUGAAAGGGUUUUUGAGUGCCGUAACCACGAUUGUGAAUACGGGUUAUUGUAUCGGUUCACUCAUGGCCAUCUUCUUAAAUUUGACUGUGCCCAAGGAAUGGGGUACCGAGACUUUACAAGAAGAAGAAGAAAAGCAGCGAAGGGAGCGGGAUGCAAUUCGUGACGGAUUUGUGGAGAGCAACAUACAAAACGAAGAAUAUCCAUUGGAACAACUGGAUGGAAGACCUAACUAAAAAUAAUAUGAAGAAAAAACCAUAGAC